AUCCAACACAACAACAAAAAAUAGAUUUUAUAGGUUAUGAAAGCGUAAAUAAAUCAGAGAAAUAGGCUUUAUUUCUCUGAAAUAAAUAAAAUAAUCAAUAUGCAACAAAGAGAAGAAAAACAACUUGAAUCAGCGUUGGAAUCGAUAAUUCAGCGAGUAAAUGAUUUAAAAAAUUCGAUAGCAUCGAUGAUAUUUAGGGUAGAAAACGAAUUUGAGAGUAUUAACUGGCCAACAUUUCUGGAUAAUUUUGCUCUUAUUUCGGGACAGCUUAUUUCCUUAUCCAAAGUCAUAAGUCAUGAUAAAUGCCCAAGCCUACGAAACUACACAGUAUUACCACUAUUACUUUGUCCGGAAAAAGACGAGCAACUAGCACAAGUGACUGAACAUAGGGUGACAACGUUUUCUCAUGACUUGGUACCGGAUUAUUUAAGGACAAAAUUGGAGCCAUCGGCUGAAAAAAAAAUGUUGCAAUUGGAACAGAAAGCUGCAGCCUUAACAUAUGAGAAUGCACAAAAACAAGUUGCUGCAUAUCAAAAAGUUAUACAGCAUGUGUGGGAUAUAAUAAGUAAGGCUCGGGAAGAAUGGGAGGUCGAAGCAGGUUCUAGGGGAAGUACACAGCAAAAUUCCAGUGUGGCUGACACACAUUUAUUGGUGGCUGCUGUGGGAAUGGGCAAAGGACUGAAGUUGGGACCUAAUCCCAAUGGUCAACCAAAUCCAACUUCAGGAGGCAUGAUGGUGGCUCCCCAGGGAAGACCGGCAGGUCAAGGUCAAAUACCACCAAGUACUCAGGCGAUGACCAUGAACAAAGCCCCUUCAGCUAUUAAGACUAACAUUAAAAGUGCAUCUCAAAUUCAUCCGUAUGGACGUUAAAAUCAUGAUUUUUAAGAUUUUUAUUUAUAAAAUAUUUUUAGUAUAA